GGAAAAAUGGCGCCGACGUGAACGCGAGCCUGCAUCGCCGCGGAACCGCCGCCUCCAGAGACGGAGCAACCGAAGUCGCGGGAGCAAGAGGUCGAGCUGGGUGAAAGAUGGAGGAGGAACCCUCCAGGCCCAGCCCCGACAUGCUGGCCACGACGGAGCCCAGGUCCAAUGAGAACGACAAGGAGGGGUUGUCUCAGGCUGUGGCUGCUACAGCCACCUUCUCCUCCAUGGAGGAGGAGCCAGGCCCUGACCAGACAGCCCCACCCCCAGUGUGGGAACAUGGAGGUCCUGGAGGGACACAGCAGGGUGCCUCUCCAGCCCCUGACAGCUGCCAGCCUGGUCCUGGACCCAGCCCUGUUCUGACCAGCACAGUCUCUGGGACCAGUGAGGACCUGCGGCCUCCCAGACGGCGUCCACCAGCAGGGAAACAAAUUCCCUGCUCUAGCCCUGGCUGUUGCCUUAGUUUCCCCAGCGUUCGAGAACUGGCACAGCAUCUCCGAACCCACUGCCCACCCACACAGUCACUGGAAGGAAAGCUCUUCCGCUGCUCGGCCCUGAGCUGCUCCGAGAUCUUUCCCAGCAUGCAGGAGCUGGUGGCCCACGGCAAACUGCAUUACAAACCCAACCGCUACUUCAAGUGUGAGAACUGCCUCCUGCGCUUCCGCACUCACCGCUCGCUGUUCAAGCAUCUGCAUGUGUGCGCAGAGCAUGCUCAGAGCCCCGCCCCGCCGCCACCCUCGGCCCUGGACAAGGAGUCACCUGCGUCCGAGCGCCCCCCAGAGUCCGACACAGCGUCGGCGGCUGGCCUGCCGUUCCCGCUCCUCGAGUCCUUCGCGACCCCCACCUCUGCCUCCACUGGGCCCUUCCUACCCUACCUGAACCCCGCGCCCUUUGGCCUAAGCCCCUCCCGCCUGCGUCCUUUCCUGGCUGCCGCUCCCGGGCCGCCAGCCUCCAGCGCCGCCGUCUGGAAAAAGAGUCAAGCAGGUGCUGGCGGCAGCCCCCGAAGACCGCAGGGCGGCUCCGAUGCGCCCUCAGGGUACGCGGCCUCGAGCCGCAUCGUGUGGGAGCACACGCGCGGCCGCUAUUCGUGCAUGCAGUGCGCCUUCUCCACGGCCUCGCGGCCCGCCAUGACACUGCACCUGCAAGACCACCGCCCCGGCGCCCCCGCAGCCCCGGCGCCCGGGCAGCCGCGCCCCGACGCCCCUGCGGGUAAGGCUGAGAAAUGCGUGGGCGGAGAGGGCGGGGAGCCAGAGGCUCAGGUGCCCCCUCCUCUGCCCCACCCAGAUCUGACCCCUCUUGCAUCUGCUGUGUCGCCGCUGCUGUCAGAAGGGGAGCUUCCGGUUUUCUCACAGCUUUGAACCCCCUGCGUUGGGCUGGAUCGUAGGGUAUGGGAAUUUUUGUAAUUUGAGGAGUGGGGACAAUAAACGAGGCGCGAUGAGCCAGCCUGUGCUGUGUGUGGGUCCCUUGGCACCUAGUGGACUUAGGGUGCUAACACUGUGGGAGGGGCAACUUUAGUACAUGACAUGUCCCCUCACAGCUCCCUGUCGCCAUAAACCCCAUCACCUAAAACCCUGGGACCCAAGUCUUCGGCUCAGUGCCACCCAGCCACCUGUAGAAGGGGUGGACCGUUCAGUGCCACCAUCCUGCCCCACUACUUUGAAAUCAGAUGGAAGCCUGGCACCGGUG